GCGCGACCUGCCUCAGAGGCAUUCAGCAAGGACGCGCUUUCCUUGAGACCGGCUCCUCGAGUCCAAAUGAUCCACAAUGUCCCGUGGAACAUUUUCGUGGACCCCAAAAUGCUGCAGAAGGCAUUCGAGUUCCUUCCCGAGGACGGCGACAUCAUCCAAAUCAGCUUUCCAAAGUGCGGAAGUCACUGGGUGGAACAGAUCACGCAGCUCAUCCUCAACGAAGGUCGGUCCAGCGCCAACUACCUCGAGUUCGUGGACAGGGCACCAUUCCUAGAGUUUCAAGGGGAAGCCGCUUUCCGGGGCCGAGCGGCCCCUAGAACAGUUCGAACGCAUCUGCCCUUCGACAAGCUCCACUUCAACAGGAAGGCCAAAUAUAUCUACGUCGCGCGAAGUCCCUGGGACUGUUGCGUGUCGUGCUACCACUUCGUCAAGGCCCUGCCGGCAUUUGGAUUCCAAGAAGGCACGUUCGACGAUUUCAUUGCCGCUUUUCUCAGGGGAGACUGGGGCUUCGGCGACUUCUUCGAUCACGUUCGGGGUGGCUGUGAUCGCGCCUGCGAACCGAAUGUGUUCGUGGUGACCUACGAAGAGAUCGCCCAGGACACGUCGGGGACGGUACUCAAGCUAGCCCGCUUCCUGGGCGAGAAGUACGCACAAACCCUGAUGGACGACGCCGACAUCCUCCAGGAAGUGGUGUACAAGAGCUCGGUUCCCUUUAUGAAGACUAUUUUGGAGACUCGGUUAGACGAAGUUCAGGCUUUGUUCAUGAAGAAUCCGAACUUUUCUUCGACUUCGUUGUUCAUUGAGACGGAAGUUUCGGAACCUGACUCCACUAGGUUCAAUUACGUGCGAAAGGGUAAGGUGGGAGAUUGGCGCGAACACUUUAGCUUGGAACAAUUGCGACGAAUGCAGUCGACGAUCGAAGUCAAGACAAAAGGUUCGAACAUUAUGAGCUUGUGGGGAUUGUAGAGUCCCCCGGAAAAUGUAAUUAGGUAAUGCGGUUUAUUCAGUUCUCAGCGUCAGAGUACACUCUAAAAAA